CUCUCACGUGACCGGAACCGUGGUGCCCUGGGCGGGGCUAGGGGAGCCGCUCCAAAGAUCGUGGCCAGAGACCGGGAACCGCGUCCCCUUAGGUACCUGUUGGAGCCAAGUUGUCUCUACUCCCACUGCGGGCGAGUUACCCUGGCCCGGUUCUUUUCGAAGGCCGUAAACUCUCCUCAGAUGCGGUUUCCUGUGCUGACCUGGGAGAGUCAGCCAUCAGCCGCGCAGCAGUGGGCACCGCAGCCCGGCGGCCCUGGAACCUUCCAGAUAUGUUAAUGGGCACCUGAGUUAGCAGUUUAUCCGGAGUUUCUUUGAGACCUAAUAAGGUCUUGGCCAGCCUGGUAUGCAUGCGGUGUGAGCAUCUUUCAGUUUUGUUCCAUGAAACAUUCCAGGUGCUUUUUGAAGAAUCUCUUUCCCACAUGCAGGUCUCCCACUGUUCAGCCAGUUCUGCUCACCUGUGAAUGAGAACUAAGAGGCCUGGGUGAUGAAGACAGAGGAGACUGUAGCAAAGGAUCCAGCUUUUAAUUUUGGAAACCUUGAUGUGAAAUUUCAAUAAGACUUCCAGUUUAUUUUCCUGAGACAGAAACUUGGAGAAGAACAGUAAGAAGAAUGAAUGCUUCCCUGGUAAAUGCUCCCCAGGGUCAGUUAACAUUCAAGGAUGUGGCUGUGGACUUCUCACAGGAAGAAUGGGAAUGUCUUGAUUGUGCUCAGAGAGCAUUGUACAUGGAUGUUAUGUUGGAGAAUUACAACAAUCUGUUUUUUGUGGAGAAUCAUUGUGUGUGUUCUAAAUAUGAGAAUGUCUUGGAUCAAGACACACAGCAUAUUUUCCACAAGCAUGUAAAUAUCCAAAAGAAGUCUUGUAAAUGUAAUGACCGUGGCAAAGAUAUUUAUGAAUACACCCAAAGUGUACUUUACCAAGAUAACUUCAGGGAUACACAUGUUAAGUCAUCAGAUGUAAACAGACAUGAAACUGGAAACACCAGAGAACCUUGCAAAUAUAAAAACUGUGUAAACUGUUUAAAUUCGUGUUCUAUCAUUGGUCUAAAUCAAGGAAUCCACAUAGGAAAGAAAGAACACAAUGGGACAGUGCUUGAUAAGGUUUUUGACUCUAAACAAAUACUCGGGCUGAAACAAACCAAUAGUGGAAAGAAACCUUACAGAUGUAGUGAAUGUUCCAGAUGCUUCACCAAGAAAUGCAAGCUUAGACAACAUCAGAUAAUUCAUACAGGAGAGAAACCUUACAGAUGUAGUCAAUGUGACAAAUGCUUUUCCCAAAAAUGCAGUCAUAGUACUCAUAAGAAAAUUCAUACAGGAGAGAAACCUUACAAAUGUACUGAAUGUGACAAAUGCUUUACCUUUAAAACUGACCUAAGAAUUCAUCAGAGAAUUCAUACAGGAGAGAAACCAUACAAAUGUAUCGAAUGUGACAAAUCUUUUACCCAGAAAGGCCAUCUUAUAAUUCAUCAGAGAAUUCAUACAGGAGAGAAGCCUUAUAAAUGCAGUGAAUGUGACAAAUGCUUUACCCAAAAAUGUAGUCUUACUAUUCAUCAGAGAAUUCAUACAGGGGAAAAACCGUAUAAAUGUGGCAAAUGUGAAAAAUGCUUCACUCACAGAGGUGAUCUUAGAAGUCAUCAGAGAAUUCAUACAGGAGAGAAACCUUAUAAAUGUAGUGCAUGUGAUAAAUGCUUUACCCACAAACGCAGUCUUAGAAGUCAUCAAAGAAUUCAUACAGGAGAGAAGCCUUACAAAUGUAGUGAAUGUGACAAAUGCUUUACCCACAAACGCAGUCUUAGUAUUCAUCAAAUAAUUCAUACAGAAGAGAAGCCUUAUAGAUGUAGUGGAUGUGACAAAAUCUUUAAUCACAAAGGUGAUCUUAGAAAUCAUCAGAGAAUUCAUACAGGAGAGAAACCUUACAAAUGUAGUGAAUGUGACAAGUGCUUUGUUCAUAAAUACAGUCUUAGUAUUCAUCAGAGAAUUCAUACAGGAGAGAAACCUUACAAAUGUAAUGAAUGUAAUGAAUUCUUUAGAUAUAAAUGUAGUCUUAGGACUCAUCAGAAAAUGCACACAUUAGAGCAUAUUUACAAAUGAAACAAAUGACACAAACCCUUCAAAAAAGAUCAUGUUAAAACAUCAAAGAAUAUAUACAGGAGAGUGUCCUUUCAAAUAUAAAUGUUUAAAUCCUUUACUGUUAGCUCAUCUCUGACAGUACAUCAGAGAAUUCGUACAGGAGAGAAACCUCACAAAUGUAACAUGAGGAAAGAGCUUUACCUGAAAAGUAGUUUCUGCUGGAAAACAUGUGGCAUGUAUUUUACCCAAGUGGAAUUCUUUGCAACACUUUAGGCUCCACACCAGAGUUAAUUAUGAAUAUUAAGAUCUUGUGAAAGCACUUAAGUAGUGUUCAAAUCAUAGAAACUAUAAAGCAUUUAUGCUGGAGAAUGACUGAAAAUGUGACAAUGAAGAAAAAUUUUCAAAAUGUUUACUAUCAAAUGUUCCAUAAUGAAGACAAAGAAGAGAAGCCACAAGAAUCUGUAACACUUUUGUGGAGACGGAAAUAAUCCAUUACAGAGGAAAUCUGAUUAUGGUGGAUAAUACACUUCUCAAAAUAGAUAGUGACACCAAUAGCAUUCUGUAUGUUUAACUCAAAUGAAGAAACUCAGAAAAAUCAUAUUUGUUAAAAGAGGGUUUGAUAAACUGAGCCACCAAGGCUCUUCAUGCCAGUAUUCCUACAGAUACAGUUUGCCCUCAGUGUAUUCAAAAUCUGUAUCAUGCUGGUUUCAAGUUUCAGGAUAGCAAGUGUCUUUGAGUCCCUUGGGCUCUGAUCACCAACUCCUUCCCCAUAGUCCUGUAUAUAACUGUAAUAAAUAUUGAUUGAACAAGUUGGA